GUUAUUAAUACUACUAAUAUUAGCUCUUUAUAUAAUUAUACUUUCGGUUUUAUUUUAACGGAACGUUAUAAAGGCUACGACUUUUUUAUUAAGUUUAUUAAGUUAAUUCGGGCCGAGAUUAAUACUAAAUACUCGAAAGUAGUUAUUAUAGACUUUAAAAAGGUAAUAAAGUCGGUCAUAAUAACUACUUAA